AUGAGAAAUCGGUCUUCCGUUUAUGGUGAAGAUGAGAUGAGAAAUCGGCCUUCCGUUUAUGGUGAAGAUGAGAUGAGAAAUCGGCCUUCAGUUUAUGGUGAAGAUGAGAUGAGAAAUCGGCCUUCAGUUUAUGGUGAAGAUGAGAUGAGAAAUCGGUCUUCCGUUUAUGGUGAAGAUGAGAUGAGAAAUCGGCCUUCCGUUUAUGGUGAAGAUGAGAUGAGAAAUCGGCCUUCAGUUUAUGGUGAAGAUGAGAUGAGAAAUCGGCCUUCCGUUUAUGGUGAAGAUGAGAUGAGAAAUCGGCCUUCCGUUUAUGGUGAAGAUGAGAUGAGAAAUCGGCCUUCCGUUUAUGGUGAAGAUGAGAUGAGAAAUCGGCCUUCCGUUUAUGGUGAAGAUGAGAUGAGAAAUCGGCCUUCCGUUUAUGGUGAAGAUGAGAUGAGAAAUCGGCCUUCCGUUUAUGGUGAAGAUAAGAUGAGAAAUCGGCCUUCCGUUUAUGGUGAAGAUGAGAUGAGAAAUCGGCCUUUCGUUUAUGGUGAAGAUGAGAGUAAAUUUUUUAGUGUUUCCAGCAUGUAG